AUGCAGCGGUCCGCCGAACAGCCAUCCAACGUUCGAUCCGUAUAUAAGUGCUUUUGUGAACUGAGCGAGCUCGUGCACCAGAGCCUCUACGUUUUGCACUCCCCGGGGCGGCCGCUGACUAGCCGUGACCUCCUCGGCAUUUAUACCCAGUACCUCAACUGGUAUGACAAGAUACCAGAGGUUCUGAGGCUUGGGCACAACUUCACACCGGCGGUCCUGUUCGCGCACCUGUACUAUCAUUUCGCGAUCCUUCUUCUGUUUCGACCCCUCAUCAAGCUCAAAAUCAUUGGCUCCAAGCUAUUACCCCGAGACGUAUGUGGGCAGGCAGCAGAUGCUAUCCAAGGCCUAUUGCGAUCCUACUCGCAAUUGUACACUCUACGCCGAACGCCAUCGUUUGUCCCGUACUUUGUGCUCACAUCAGCCAUUAUGCAUCUAGCCAUUGGUGCCACAACCUCGUCGUCAUUGCCGUUGCAGAAGGCCUUUGAAGGGCCAGGUCAGAACGCCGGCCCCAAUGAUCCACCCUCGUAUCCGCCUCGCGUUGUAGAAGCCAUCCAACAAGGUAUUCGGGAUCUGGAGGAGAUGGCGCCGUGCCACCAUUUUGCUGAACAGGCGCUGAACAUACUACGGUACCUGGCGAAGAAGUGGAACAUGGACGUCGACAUGGGCGGCGAAGUAGCGUCGGAUGCCGAGUACGCACAUCUCGUUAGGCCGUACACGAGCAGUCUCAACUUCUUUGCACCGAACGUCAUUGAAGAUGACUUUAUAUGCGUUUGGGGAGGCAGCGCCGAUGCAGCUGAUGUACCGAACCCGGCGGUAGCCAUGGGCCCGAAACCCACGGAACCAGGACAAGCAUCAGUCGAGCGGGCGGCCAAGGUGUUGGAGAACCCUCUCUUUUGGCCGUUCCCGAUGCAGGGGCGGCCGAUGCUCCCUACUGGAGUUGAGCUCGCAGAUGCUGGAUUCGAGAGACUUUGA